CGCCUACUGAGCCGAGCAGGGCUGAAGGCGCAGGCGCAGAACCCGGAUGUGAGAGACAGCCAUAGCAGCUCAGAAUCAAAAGAUGCAGACCAUAAAAUGUGUGGUGGUGGGAGAUGGUGCAGUGGGAAAGACCUGUUUAUUGAUUUCCUACACAACCAACAAGUUCCCUUCAGAAUAUGUGCCUACGGUAUUUGAUAACUAUGCAGUCACGGUGAUGAUUGGAGGAGAGCCAUACACACUUGGACUUUUUGACACAGCAGGACAAGAGGACUAUGACAGGCUACGGCCCCUGAGUUACCCUCAGACAGAUGUUUUUCUCGUGUGCUUCUCCGUUGUCUCCCCUUCCUCUUUUGAGAACGUCAGAGAAAAGUGGGUACCAGAGAUCUCCCACCACUGUCCUCGAACUCCAUUCCUGCUGGUUGGUACUCAAGUGGACUUGAGGGAUGACAGUAACACAGUGGAGAAACUUGCUAAGAACAAACAGCGUCCGCUGUCACCGGAGAGUGGAGACAAACUGGCCAGAGACCUCAGAGCAGUGAAAUAUGUGGAGUGUUCUGCCCUCACACAGAGAGGAUUAAAGAACGUCUUCGAUGAAGCCAUCUUGGCUGCCCUGGAGCCUCCGGAGACCAAACCCAAGAAACGCUGUGUUCUCUUAUAAAAAAAAAAAAAAAAUUUGGGAAUAAGUUCAUUGGGAGAAAAAUGUGAGGUGUUCAGACAGUGCCUUUUUAGUUUUACAGAAUUGAGAGUGGUUUGUGUGGUAAUGUGCUGACCUCUCUUCCUAACUAAUGACCAGUCUUUACACGCACAACUCUGCCAUUACUUAAACAGCCAGCCACUGAAAUGUGUUGUUCACACUUUGGUUAGCCUCCGCCAUCUUAAAAAAAAAAAAAGGCAGCGCGCACAACCCUACUCAUGAUCAGUUUUUCCUCCUUUCAUUCCUUUCUUUGAGGCCAUUGGAACUACAAGUGUUUCUUUCUCUCUCUGCCUCCACAGGACUUAAUUUUUUUUUUUUUUUAAUGAUUGUGGCGUAUUAAUGACAAGUAUUUGGUUUUUUUGGUUUCUUUUUUUGGUGUGUGGGUGUUUAACAGUUAAGACUUGCAGAUUUUAGUGCCUUUUUUUUUUUUUAUUGUUUCUUUUGUGCUGUUUUUAGGUGCAACUUUAUCACAAAUGGUUGUUUUUUGUUUUUUUGUUUUUUACUUUUAAGGAAUAAACAUGUCAUAAUCUACUACAUUAGCUGGUCUCUACAGUGGUAGCCAUGGUAAUUAAAGCAAUAAUAGAGUAAUAAAAAUGCAGGAUGUGGAACUGAUUUUUGGAGUAGAUUUUGUGUAACUAAUUAAAGAAAUUGUAAACAGA